GCUAAGUUGCUAAGUAUAUGAUAGACUUUGUAACCACUUGAGUUCAACCUGGUUUCUUCACUCAAGAAUUCUUUUCCUUCACUGUCCCCAAAGUGCUGCGAAAAUGGCCGACAUCAUCAUCGUAGGCGGCGGAAUUGCUGGGACGGUCAUCGCAUCGCGCUUGCAUGAGAGAAAGCUGCCGCUCGCGAUCGUGCUCAUUGAAGCCGGCCCUGACCCUACUGGUAGCCCGUAUGUCACAGAUCCAGCCGCAGCUGCACACCUUCACUUCUCUGAGUACGACUACAACUACUCCACAACGCCUCAAGAUCAUCUCGACGGAAAGCCGAAGCGUAAUGUCGGCUUCAAAGGCCUUGGUGGCGGAAGCGUCAUCAACAAUGGUGGCUGGACGAGAGGUGAUAGAACAGAUUAUGAUCUUUGGGCGCGCGACGUCGGCGAUCAACGUUGGAGCUACGAGGGUCUACUUCCAUACUUCAAACGUACUGAAAAGCAUUUCGACCCUGGUGCAGAUCCGUCGCAGCAUGGUUUCGAUGGCCCGAUGCAUACUGCAUCCGUCAGUUCAACUGGACGCAAGUACCCAUUGCGCAACACAGUACUAAGGCUGUGGUCGAACCUGGGAAUCCCGUAUAUUCACGAUCUCAACGAUGGCCGACCGCAAGGAAUCAGCGACCUGGUGGAGAAUUUUAGAGAUGGGAAAAGGCAAAUGACGCAAUCGGUGUUCUCGCUGAAAGGCGUUCGAGUGCUUACAGGAACCAUCGUUCGCCGUGUGCUUUUCAAUGACGCUAAGACAGCCGUGGGCGUGGAGCUCGCGGACGGUGGAAAAAUCGAUCUCAACGAAGGUGGUCAAGUCAUCAUCUCCGCUGGCGCUUACCGAACGCCGCAAAUAUUGAUGCUUUCUGGUGUCGGUGACCCCGUCCACCUAUCGCAGCACGACAUCCCACUUGUAUGCGACCUUCGGCAGGUGGGCCGAAAUCUGCAUGACCAUCUGGGUUUGUUUCGAUACUGGAAACUCCGACACCCAGAGAAAGGUCUUGCCAUUGGCUCACCACUAUUUGGGGGCCCGAACUAUGACAAGGGAGGGCCAGUAGACUUUUUGGUCCGCGCACCAAUUCCUGUCGAUCCAUUAAAAGCAGCUAUCGAGAAAGACAAGGGCCCAGUAUCUGAUGACCAUGCGCUGCUCAAGGGUCCACGCACUCAUCUCGAGAUGUUGCUCAUGUAUAUUGCCGUCGGGGGGGAGGCACAGGGCCUUCAGAUCCCGAUCGACGGGUCUUCGAUCACGACCUUCUUCAUGGGCUGUCUUCCUACAUCGCGCGGCUCAGUGACUCUCGCAUCGUCUGAUCCCUCCGCGAAUCCGAUCAUCGAUCCAAGCUACUACGCAACAGAGGCAGAUCGCCACGUCAUGCGUACAGGCUUCCGCACGCAAUCGCAGCUCAUGUUCAGCACAGCUGAAGGCAAGGAGCUUGUCGAAAGAGAGCAUACGCCAUCAGGCUACCCAGCACUGGAGAUGGACGCUUCAGACGAGGAAAUUGAUGCGCGAAUCAAGAUGGGCGCAGGAACUACAUAUCAUCCCGGAGGAACAGCGGCGAUGGGAACGGUUGUUGAUGGUUCGCUAAGAGUAUAUGGGGUUCAAAACUUGCGUGUUGCGGAUGCGAGUGUUAUACCCAAGCCCCUUGCCGCACAUUAUCAGGUGCCUGUGUAUGCAAUCGCUGAGCAGGCCGUGAAUAUUCUAGUUGCUGAGUGUUUCAGCUAAGCAAAACACUUAACCAAAAAGUCGACUAGUGCAUUGUUGUUGUUUCUCGUCUCCAUGUACGAGGUGAAUUGUCACAUCCUUGAGUCUGUCGUGUGCUCCCUGCGAACUUCCUGGCAUCAAGUACAUGAAUACCUUCGCGGGAUCAGACCUCAA